CGAUUAUUGAAAGAAGAGGUAGGAAAGUCGCUGAUGGAUCGCUUACACGGGCGGUUUAGAGCAGGGAACUUAUCUUUGAGGCCAGCGAGGGCCAGGCUUAGGAGUCGAAACUCAGGGCUUCCACAUCUAUUCGAAGCAGCAGCAACUGCAGCCAGACACAUCGACACAACAGCACAACGGCAUCCAGACACUGCACUACUCCAGAAGAAGAUCUCAUUCCUUAUCCAAUAGAAGAUGUCGUCAACAGAUUGUCCUGGUGGUACAGACGCAACAGAACAGGCUGAUGUUCGCUCUUUGUUGUUGGAUCGAAACGAUAUUUGGAUCGGGCAAAUUCUACCCUAUGUGGGCACGGGACACUAUGCCUUUCUGGGAGCCGUCAACAAAAGGAUGAAUCAUUUGUACAAAGAGUAUUGUGACAAGGCGCAAAAGCCUCAAAAAGUGAUGGGCGAGAAUGGAAAGCGGUCAGCGACAGCUACAGACACCCUCUACAGUGCGGUGUUCUCCAGUGUGCCUUGUGCUCAAUACUGGCUCCGUCACAAGUCUGAGACCCCUCGUCAAUUCUGGGUUUGUCGAGCCAUUGCCAAAGUUGGGAAUCUUCCUGUUCUUCAAUUUGCUCAUAAAACAUAUGGAUAUUCGAUAAACACAGCAACGUGCCAUGCUGCUGCUCGAUUCGGACAUUUGCAAGUACUGAAAUGGCUGCUUGAGCAAGGAUGCCAAUGGGAUCCUGAUAUAUGUGCUAGUGCUGCUGCAGGUGGGCAUCUUGACAUGCUCAAGUGGGCUAGAGAGAAAGGAUGCCCAUGGGAUGAAGUAACAUAUUCAGUUGCUGCUCAACAUGGACACUUGAACGUGCUGAAGUGGGCACAUGAGAAUGGUUGCCCAUGGAAUGCUUCUGUUUGCCGUUCUGCAGCGCAAGGUGGUCAUUUGCAUAUCCUGAAGUGGGCUCACCAGAAUGGCUGCCCAUGGAAUGCUGGCUUAUGUGCCAGUGCUGCUAAAGGUGGGCAUCUUGACAUGCUCAAGUGGGCCAGAGAGAAUGGAUGCCCAUGGGACAAUAGAACUUGCCAAAACGCUGCAAAUCUUGGGCAUUUGGAUGUUUUGAUAUGGGCUCGAGAAAAUGGCUGUCCAUGGGACCAAGCUACAUGCAAUGAGGCUGCAAGUGGUGGGCAUUUGGACAUCCUGAAGUGGGCUCAUCGGAACGGCUGCCCAUGGGAUUCUCGCACAUGCUCCACCGCUGCUGCAAAUGGGCAUCUGGAUGUCCUGAAAUGGGCCUUUGAGAAUGGCUGCCCAUGGGAUCGAACCACCUUUUGGACUGCUGCAGCAAACGAACAUCUUGAAGUCUUGGAAUUUCUUCAUGAAAAGGGUUGUCCAUGGAGUGCCAGUGUAUGUCAUGUUGUUGCUAGUUGUGGAAAUUUGACCAUUUUGAAAUGGUUGCGUGCCAAUGGGUGCCCUUGGGACUCGAGGACUAUCAAAGGAGCAACACAGUGUGGGCAGACAGAAGUGCUACAGUGGGCCAGAGAGAAUGGAUGUCCAGAAGAAUAGAUACCCGCAAUCUAAACGUUUUUCCAUUGUUGUCCACUAGCCAGCUUGUCUUUUGUCUUUUUGUAG